CACAGGUUUCCUUUAAAGAUCAAUUCAAAAAUCUUAGAAGCUAUGCCGAGGAAUGUCUGCAAUCUAUUCCUGGGAGUACAGUAAUUAUUAAAACAGUGAGAACUGUCCCUGAAGCUCCUUCUGUCUUCCAAAGGAUUUACAUGUGUUUCGGCCCAGUGAAAAGGGUUUUUUUAGAGGGUUGUAGGAAAGUAAUUGGGUUAGAUGGUUGUUUUUUAAAAGGUCGUUUGAAGGGAGAGAUACUGACGGCUGUGGGUAGAGAUGCAAACAAUCAAAUGUAUCCGGUGGCAUGGGCUGUGGUCGAAAUAGAAAACAAUUCCUCUUGGUCUUGAUUUUUGGAGUUGUUGAAGAUAGAUUUACAUGUGGAAAACAGUGACAUGUGGACAUUAAUAAGCGAUCAACAGAAGGGCUGUCAAACGCAAUUGCCAAUGUGUUCCCCGAAGCUGAGCACAAGAAUUGUGCUAGACACAUCCACGCCAAUUGGAGCAAGAAACACGGG